CCUCAUGUCCUCAUCGUUGAAAACGCGGCGUUCUGCUAAAAUGCGCCUUCUCUGAUCCGUAUUUUCUCAUUUCACCCGUUUUCAGUUUGUUUGGGAAAAAUACGGAGAAACGAGCUUAGAAGAAACGAAGAAGAAGUAGUAGAAGGUUCUGAUGGCGAAUUGGAUCUCUUCCAAACUCAAAGCCGCAGAAAGCAUUCUUCAGCAGAUCGACCAGCAAGCGGCGGAGUCACUUAGGAAGGGCGAGAAGUCUCCGGUCGAGGGCUUAAAUUUGGAUAGCCCGACGAAAACAGGAGGCACUGUGUCUCUGAAGGACCAAUUGAAGAAGAAAACGCAAGAAAACAAUGAUUAUCACGGGAAAUUGCGUAUUGAUCCAAGUCUUAGCGUUCUUAGUACUAGUAAUAAAAAGAAUGAGAGUUAUAAUCUGCCCAAAGAGGUUGUUGGUACUCCGAAAUCAUCGCCAAAACCCAGAACAACUCUUACUGAUAGUGAUUGGACUCAGCUCCUUAGUAGCCCGACUCAGCCUGCAAUUUCUGCUGCCACCCCAGGUCGCAGUAGUGGGGCGGCUGGGAUUCGCGGUUUGAGAAAAGAUGGGAGGAGACAGAGCGGUGUGACAUCUGUUUCUUCGGCAUCAGAGGUUGAGAGGAAUCAGAAGAUUAACGGUGUUUCGAAGUCGGUAGGGAAGAUGGGGAAUGUGGAAAGAAACAAGGUGAAUGGAAAAGCCAAUAAUGGGGAUGAGUCUGGAUUUUCAGAUUCUGCCAGUAGAUCUUCUAGUGUUAAGCUACAGAGUGAUGGCAAGUACUCGAAAGGGCGAGAAUUGGGUAAUGAGGAGGUAGGAGUAAGCCCCUUUGUGAAAACUAAGGAUAAGGGAAACGAAGAUGAAGGUAGAACUUUUGGUUCUGAAAAUCUUGCUUUGAAGGCUUCUUUGCAGUCCAUAAAUGAUAACUCCACCCCAGAAAUGGUGUCGGCCUCGAGGAAAGUGGAUGUUGCCUCUGAUACGAAGAUGCAAAUGGCCAAUGGUGGUGAUCGUUUAGGAAGUACAAUAACGGGGAAGCGUGAGUUUAGCAAUGUAACUUCCAGAAGUUCUACCUCUGAUGAUUUAAAGAGAGGUUCUUCUUCAAUGAGCUAUGGGAGCUCUGAUUCUGAUUCGGAUUCUGGUUCAAGUUUCGAGUCUGAAGUUGAACGGGAGAGGGAGGAAAGGAGACAGAGAAGAGAACAGAUCCUGGCUGAAAAAGCUGCAGCUAAAGCUUUGGAGGCCAUCAAGGAGCGGGAGAAUGUGGUUGCUAGAUUGGAAGGAGAGAAGCAAAGCUUAGAGAAAAUACUUGAAGAAGAAACCAAACAACAAGCGCAAGAGGCUUCUAAGCUACAAAUAACCAUGAUGGAGACAAUGGAAGCUGUUGAGCUAGAGAAGCAGAAACAUAAUAACACAAGGAUGGAAGUCCUAGCACGAUUGGCUAAACUGGAGACUGCCAAUGCUGAUCUUGCAAGAUCUCUUGCCAUUGUGCAGUGGAAUCUUGAACUGGAGGUCAACCGAGUGGCAGAACUGCGACAACAAAUUGAGAUUAAAGAAGUGAACCGUGAAGAACUCCGGAGGAGAAUUGCUAAUAUUCAUCAGACUGGGACAUCUUUGAAAAAAUUAACAGCUUUAAAAGGAGCAGAACUUGAAAGAGAGAUACUAGAGGCAGAGUACUCUCUUCUAACUGAUAAAAUUGGAAAAUUGAAAGACCAGGCUAAGAAGCUGGAAGAAAACAUUGAAAUGACUAGGAAAGGAAUGGAGGAACCUACAGAAGUAGAGUUUGAGCUAAAGCGCAGGCUUGACCAAAUGACUGACCAUUUAAUUCAGAAACAAGCCCAGGUUGAGGCUCUCUCCUCAGAUAAGGCAACUAUUCUGUUCAGAAUUGAGGCAGUUUCGAAGAUGCUCGAUGAAAACAAAUCAAUGGCUGAAUUCUCCGGCUCCUCAUUCGGGGACUUGGAAUCAGGAGCAUGGGAGCUCUCUGAUUCAAAGUUGAAGCCUCUAAUUGAAGAGAAAAUUCGCUCAAGCCGGAAGCACUUGCAUUCAUUGCUUCAACAAUGCGAUGCUAUAUUCUUGGCGGGGGCAGUGUUUCUGAGAAGGAAUCCAACAGCAAAACUGUGGUCGUUGGUUUACCUUUUGUGCCUUCACUUUUGGGUUAUCUAUAUUCUCAUGUCACAUUUUCAACCAUCAAAUGAGUCCAUAUCUGGUGCCGUUAUUUCAUUGGAAAACAUCAAUAAUACUUCAGGUGUAUAACUUGGGACUUUUGUUUCUUCUCCUCCUCUUCUCUCUCUCUCUUUUCUUUUUUUUCUUUUGUUUUUUUUUUUUUUUUUGCCAUAAUUUUUUUUCAUUUGCCCCGGGUUUUGGGAGGUCUUCACUGCCUGGCGUGUAAUUUGUGCAGUUUCUUUUCCAUGCACAAUGACGCAACGAUUGCAGAGGGAUGUACAUGUACUUAAUUGUGUAUCAAUGAAAAUAUAUAUACAUAAGCUAGCA